AUGUCUUCUAACUCCCUCGAACAAUUGAAAGCCGCCGGUACCGUCGUUGUUACCGACACUGGUGAAUUUGAAUCCAUUGGCAAGUACAAGCCUCAAGAUGCCACCACCAACCCAUCUUUGAUUUUGGCUGCCACCAAGAAACCAGAAUACGCCAAGUUGAUCGACGUUGCCAUUGAAUACGGUAAGAAGCACGGUUCCACUCCUGCUGAACAAGCUGAUGAAGCCUUGGACAGAUUGUUGGUCGAAUUCGGUAAAGAAAUCUUGAGCAUCAUCCCAGGUAGAGUCUCCACCGAAGUUGACGCCAGAUUGUCUUUUGACAAGGAAGCCACCAUUGCUAAGGCCAAGAAGAUCAUUGCUUUGUAUGAAGCCGAAGGUAUCAGUAAGGAUAGAAUCUUGAUUAAGAUUGCCUCCACUUGGGAAGGUAUCCAAGCCGCCAGAGAAUUGGAAGCCAACUAUGGUAUCCACACCAACUUGACCUUGUUGUUCUCUUUUGCCCAAGCCGUUGCUUGUGCCGAAGCCAAGAUCACUUUGAUCUCUCCAUUUGUCGGUAGAAUCAUGGACUGGUACAAGGCCAAGACCGGAGAAACUUACACCGGAGAAACUGACCCAGGUGUGUUGUCCGUUAAGAGCAUUUACGAAUACUACAAGAAGUACGACUACAAGACCAUUGUCAUGGGUGCUUCUUUCAGAAACACUGGCGAAAUCAAGGCUUUGGCUGGUGUUGACUACUUGACCAUUGCUCCAAAAUUGUUGGAAGAAUUGCUUACCUCUGACGCUCCAGUUCCAAAGGUUUUGGACGCCGCUACCGCCAAGGCUUCCUCCGUCGAAAAAGUCUCUUAUGUUGAUGACGAAGCUGCCUUCAGAUUCCAACUCAAUGAAGAUGCCAUGGCCACCGAAAAAUUGGCCGACGGUAUUAGAAAGUUCUCUGCCGAUGCUAUUGUCUUGUUGGACAUCUUGGAAAAGAAGGUUAGAGCUUAA